UGCAGCCGUCCUCCACUCCAGCUGCUGGGCUCCUCUUCUUGGACUUAACAUCUGGAUCCUGAAGCUCUGUGCUCCAUCAGAUCAGCCGGAAACAUCCAGAUUUGUUUUCUAGGAGAAUCUCAGGAACCUUCAUCUUUUCUGCUGCUUUCAGGAGUCCAGAAGACAUGAAGGGAGGAGUCCUCCAUCAGCCUGCUGCUCUGUCUGUCCUCUCAUAGGUCCUCACCUGGUGUCCCAGCGCAGAGAGACAGGUAGAGGAGGAGCAGGGAUGGAGAGCGGGAGGAGCGCUCUGCUGCUUCUGCUGCCUCCGCGGACCACCAACUCCUCCUGUGGACCCCACGAGGCGAACUGCACCGCGGCGCGCGCAUCGGACGCUCUGUCGCUGUCCACGGGACCCGCGUGGAUCGAGUCCGAUUCGGCCGUGGAGACCCGGCGGAUCCCCGGAGCGGCUGACCCCACGGUGGCGAUGGAGUCCCAGCCUCCACACCCCUUCCCCACCGUGGACGUCCCUGACCACGCCCACUACACCAUCGGCUCUGUCAUCCUCGCCAUCGGCAUCACGGGCAUGGUCGGAAACUUCCUGGUUAUUUACGCCUUCAGCAGGAGCCGCAGCCUUCGGACUCCGGCCAACAUGUUCAUCAUCAACCUGGCCGUCACAGACCUGCUGAUGUGCAUCACCCAGUCGCCCAUCUUCUUCACCACCAGCAUGCACAAGAGGUGGAUCUUUGGAGAGAAAGGCUGUGAGCUCUACGCCUUCUGCGGCGCCCUGUUCGGGAUCUGCUCCAUGAUCACGCUGAUGGUGAUCGCCAUCGACCGUUACUUCGUCAUCACGCGACCUCUGACCUCCAUCGGCGUGUUGUCGAGGAAACGGGCCCUCCUCAUCCUCAUGGUGGCGUGGGCCUACUCCCUGGGCUGGAGCCUGCCACCGUUCUUCGGCUGGAGCGCCUACGUCCCUGAGGGCCUCCUGACUUCCUGUACGUGGGACUACAUGACCUUCACCCCAUCCGUGCGCGCCUACACCAUGCUGCUCUUCAUCUUCGUCUUCUUCCUGCCGCUCUUCAUCAUCAUCUACUGCUACAUCUUCAUCUUCAGAGCCAUUCGCUCCACUAACCAGGCGGUGGGGAAGAUCAGCGGCAGCACCCACAGCCACAGCAGCUCCCGGGACUCGGUGAAGACUUUCCACCGUCUGCAGAACGAGUGGAAGAUGGCGAAGAUCGCCCUGAUCGUCAUCCUGCUGUACGUCAUCUCCUGGUCGCCCUACUCCGCCGUCGCCCUCACCGCCUUCGCCGGGUAUGCAGACAUGCUGACCCCCUACAUGAACUCGGUGCCCGCCGUUAUCGCCAAGGCCUCAGCCAUCCACAACCCCAUCAUCUACGCCAUCACACACCCCAAAUACAGGAUAGCUUUAGCCAAGUACAUCCCCUGUCUGGGCGUCCUGCUCUGUGUCCGUCUGCGUGACCUGCGCUCCACCAGCAGCAGCUUCAUAUCCACACGCCGCUCCACGGUGACCAGUCAGAGCUCUGACAUCAGCAGCCAGUACAGGAGGCACAGCUCCGCCAAGUCCCGCCUCUCCUCCGCCUCCGACAGCGAAUCGGGUUUGACGGACACCGAGGCCGACCUAUCCAGUCUGAGUUCCCGCCCUGCCAGCAGACAGGUUUCCUGUGACAUCAGCAGAGACACCGCAGAGCUGCCCGACUUCAGGCACUCCUCCAGCUUCAAGGCCCAGCUGAAGAACCACGACUCUGGGAUCUUUGAGAAGACUUCUUAUGACACCAUCUCUAUGGGAGGAGUCAGUGAACGCCACAGCAUCCCAAACAGCGGGGACGCCUCAGAGGGAAACGUGACGAGAGCCCAAAUAGGGCGGAUCCCCAGCAUCGUCAUCACCUCCGAGACCAGCCCCUUCCUGCCCAUCGGGCGGAGCGGAUCGCGCACGAACCGAGCCAAAGCGUCCAACAACAACGCGGGGGCGGGGCCUGGAUAGAGCCCCGCCCUCCCAGCUCCACAGCAGUCAUGAAGCGGACCCACUCCCUGGCAGAACCACCCAUCAGAUAAAGCAGGGAGUAAAUCCAUCAUGGACGUUUGGACUCCAGAAGCUGAAGCCGGUUUCUGCAGCGCAGCUUCUGCUCCAACCGGUUAGAUGGAUGGAUGGUUCUGUUGGAUCGUCCAGUCGGGUCUAACGUGACCCAAACUCAACACAUUCACAAAGGUCUCAGGUUUAGCUGCCAUGCUGCUUGAAGCCCAAUCAAAAAAAUAUUUGACCUGAAAUAUAAUAAAGUGUGCAAUUAAACUGAAAACAGUCAAUUAGAAAUAAAUACUGCAAAAAACAAACAAGAUCCAGACAUGAAGAUUAGUAAAACUGCACCAUUCAGAUGACAAUAAUUUAAACAUUUAAACCUUUAAAUGUAUCAUUCAGAACCCGUCUGGAUUAGGGCUUUAAACCAGAAAUAUUCCACCGUUCUGUAUCUAUAGCCUCUGUGUGGUGUUUCCUCUUUCCUUUCCUCUUCUUCUUCUAGAACAUCUCUCUCUAGUUUAGCCUUCAGUCAGGCGGGUUUCAGGUCAUUGAGCUGAGCUUUAAUGAUGCUCUAAAUGUUUUGGUCAUAAUCUGAUCUGGACCGGUUCUGGGUUCAGGUUUUUAGUUAGGAAUAUUUCACAGGGUGUCCAUUAAAACUGAAACAAUCAGAUUAUUUAAAUAAUCUUCAACUAAUUUAGUAAUCGAUCAUUCAUUAAUUGCAUAGAGACGGUAAAACAUGUUUUUAGCUGACAGAGCGACCCACUUAGAGCAGGAAUUAUGAUAAUU